AAUUGUACAUCGGUCCAAAGGGGAAUUACAGACAUGUGAAACUCCAGUGACAUCAACAAGGUCAUCCUGCACAAUGAAAACUCUUUAUUUAGAUGACAAUGGACAAUACUGGUGUGAGUCUGGAGAUAGGAAGACAAGCGACAUCAUCUAUGUCACUGUUACUGCUGGUCCUGUGAUCCUGGAGAGUCCCAUCAGUGUGGUGGAGGGAGAGGAUGUGACUCUGCGCUGCAGAAACAAGACGACCUCACCCAACCCAGCUGAUUUCUACAAAGAUGGACGCCUUAUCAGAAGAAGCUUUACAGAAAACAUGACAAUCCCCGGUGUUACCAAACGUGAUGAAGGACUCUACAAGUGUACCAUCUCUGGAGGAGGAGAAUCAGCUGAGAGUCUGAUGGCUGUUGAAAAGUCACACCAGGAGAUUCACACGUCCUCAGAUCUUCUGUUCAUCAUCUUCAGAAACCUUCUCCCUGUAGUGAUGAUGGCUCCGCUGCUGUUGCUGCUGGGACGGCUUCACUGUCUCAGCUGAUUUCAGAUGCCGAAAUAAAAGAUAGGACAGGCUGAACAAUUAAACAGACAUUUUCUUGUUUGGUUGCCAGAAAUGAAGAACAUCCCAUAAUGCUUCAUUCAGCUGCUUUCUUUCAUGUGUUACAUCACCUUGUUAAUUAUAUGUAAUGAUGAGCCACUUAUAUUCAGUGCAUGUUGUGCAAACCAAUGAAAACAGUGUACAUUUCUAAACAGCUAAAAGAAUCCAAUCAUUAGAAUUUUUUUUAAAUGAGCAGAUGAAAGAUAAUGGCAGCUCUUCCUGUUUGACAUGUUUCACAUAUUUAAUUCACAUAUUGAUUCAUUUAGAUUUGUCUCCAGCAACAGAUGUUCUUUCUGCUUCUAUAUGAAGAUGUGAAAAUUCUAAAAGUCAACUGACAUUGUGCAAACCAUAGUUUGUUUCAGUGUCUUUCUAUUUUUAAGAUUCACAUCUGACACCACGUCUUCUCUAACCCUAGCCCACAAGCCUCAGAGCUUCACUUCCUGUUUGUAUCUACCUAAAAUAUCGACCUAUAAUUCGAACAUCUGUGAUGGUAACAUGAACAU